AGUAACGAGAGCUAUUGGCACUGCCACCAACGCUAUUAAGGGCCAAAUCGAAAAUACAGCAGAUAAAGUUAGAGAAGUCAUUAAAGAUCACCCUCUCGCUUCACUUGCCGUUGCCUCUGUAGCUACAGCCGUAACUCAAGCUACUGCUAAUCGCUUUAUUGCUUUGAUGGCAGGAAUUAAAGUCAGCUCAUAUUUUAUCAAUAUAUCACCUGAAGAAUGGAAAUUUUCCGAGUUUUACAAGUAUCGCCAGCAAGAAAAUGACUUUACCAGCUCGUUUCGGAAGGAAGCUUUUAUACUUAGGAGAUCUCUCGAUUAUCUUAUGAAAGAAGGCUCAUCAGAAGUCAAGAAUUAUGCUACUCUAUUGGAUAAAAAUUUCAAGGGUCAUCGUACAAGUGAUAUGGAUUCAAAGUUAUUCUGGGACAAGAUCGAGUUACAAUUAGAUUUUCAUGCUGAAAUUGAAAUGAGAGAGAGGGAGAUGCGGUUAGCCAAGGUUGGGACAGCAACUGGCAUUAUGAAAAGGAUUGAUGGAGCUCUGUGCGAUAAUGAAAAAUCACAUGUUCAAGAGUUCUCAGAUUCGAAUGAUGGGCGAAUUUAUAAAGAGAUUUAUGAUGAUAACAUUAACGAUAAUGCUGAAGAAGAUAUCUAUCUAAAAAGCAUCCAUUUAUCUCAGGAGACUUUACAGAAUGUAAUGGAGGAAAUCCGUAAAAUAGUCGAAAAAAUAAGAUCUAUAGAAUAUCGUCUAUUUGAUUAUCGAAUCAUUAAUCUUUCAGAACGAAAUGUUACAAAUCCCGUUAAUAAGUUGUCAAAAUCCGAAAAGCGCAUCUUAAAAGAUAUUUGGAACUCGGUAUUGUAUUGUUUGCUU